CCCAAGACAGACAGCUUCAUCGAUUUGCUCAAUUCAUCUCUCUCGCUUGCUCUGUAUAUAUUUACACAAACACACGCAUACACAGUGACACAGAGAGAGAGAGUCAAUAUUGUGAGGUGGUGUGGGUUUGAGGAAAGCAAAGCUAGGGUUUUGAGUGUGGUAUAAAAAGCAUUGUGUGGCAAUGGUGGAGAGGAGGAAGCCUCUGGUUCUCUCCUCCACCAAGCUCCUCAUCAACUCCGUACUCAGUUCAUCGUCGUCGUCGUCGCCGCCUCCGCCGCAACUCGCUGACCGAGUCGAAGAUGACGUGUCCGGCGGCACCUUGCAGCUACGUGCCGGAAUUCUCCGAUUCCCAAGGGAUAAAAUCGUCAUUUCCAGUCACCACUCCAAUUUGGCUUCUCUGGACGACGCCGCUUUGGUUGGACUCUCCACCUGCGCCCUCAAACGACUCUCCAUUACUUCAGCCUCACUGGUUCUUGUCAAGAAUAUCGAGACAAAUGUGCAAAGAAUCGCGCAGGUUGUUGUUUUAGACCCUCCGGGCAUGCGCGAAGCUGCACAUGGGAUUAAAUUAUCCAGUUUUGGUUGUUCCCAUACAAUGUGUGUUUUUCCUUCGGCUACUUUUGCACCAGAAGGUUGUCUACAGAUGGGUGUGGAAGUUGCCUAUUUGUCUCCUAUUUUGGCAUUUAACCUUGACUUGCAUGUAUCGUGCUUGAAUUCUCUUGUCCAUGGAGGGCAAGAAACUUUAGCGGCUUAUUUCCAAGCAAAAGUGGAUGAUGAGACGUCUGGGGAAGUGAUUGAGGGUUCUAUGAUUAGUGUAGGGUUGGAAUCAUUGGCUCGGUUGCCAAGAUAUGCUUCACAUUUGAGGGCUUCUUUUGUGAAGAUACCAGAAUGUGGUACUCUUGAGACUCUCAAAGUAAGGUCAUCUAUUGAGGCUGAAGAUCGUCAAGAUAUGAUUGACUUGGCGCUACAGAAAUACUUUGAAGCAGAUAGGUAUCUAGCAAGAGGUGAUAUUUUCAGCAUUUGCAUAAAUUGGAAUUGCAAUUCAAUUACUUGCAUUCCUUGCAACCAAAAGUCACAAAAUAGAAGUGAUAACAUCAUCUACUUCAAGGUUGUAGCUCUGGAACCAUCAGAUGAAAAAUUUCUUCGAGUAAAUAGCACCCAGACUGCCCUUGUGCUUGGGGGAAGUGUUCCUUCUGCUAUUCCCCCAGAUUUGUUGAUUGCUGGACCAAAAGGUUUUCCACCUUUGCAGGGGGAUACAGUGAAAAUUUUGGCCUCCAUUCUUGCACCCCCUCUUUGCCCGUCAGCACUUUCUUCAAAAUUCAGAGUUUCUGUUUUACUACAUGGUUUGGCAGGAUGUGGGAAGAGGACUGUGAUCAGAUAUGUUGCUCGUCGAUUGGGCCUGCAUGUAGUGGAAUAUAGCUGUCAUAAUCUGAUAGCACCCUCUGAAAGAAAAGCAUCUGUUGCUCUAGCUCAAGCUUUCAAUACAGCUCAAAGAUACUUGCCAACAAUUCUUCUUCUCCGCCAUUUUGAUGUUUUCCGAAAUUUAGGCUCUCAUGAGGGUUCACCAAAUGAUCAAGUAGGCAUCACUUCAGAAGUAGCAUCAGUUAUUCGGAAAUUCUCAGAGCCAGUCACUGAGGAUGAAGACAUUUAUUCUGAAGGGGAACCUAAUGAUGAUUCUAACAUGAAGGAUGUUGGAAAGGUAAGAAGGCACAGAGUGUUGUUAGUUGCAGCUGCUGACAGCUCUGAAGGUCUACCUCCAACCAUAAGGCGUUGCUUUAGCCAUGAAAUAAGUAUGGGUCCUUUAACUGAAGAACAAAGGGUAGAAAUGCUUACCCAGUCACUGCAAAGUGUGUCUGAGCUCCUGUCUAAUACUGGCUCAGAGGAUUUUAUAAAGGAAAUUGUGGGGCAGACAUCUGGGUUCAUGCCUAGAGAUUUAUGUGCUUUGAUUGCUGAUGCUGGUGCAAACUUAAUUCCCAGUGGCAAUGUACUGAAUGAAAAGGUUGAGCCCAAGGAACUAGAUAGUGAUUCACAUGAAGUUGCACCACAGGUCCUGGGGAAGGAAGGCAUGACCAAAGCAUUGGAACGAUCAAAGAAAAGGAAUGCGUCAGCAUUGGGCACUCCGAAGGUUCCUAAUGUGAAAUGGGAAGAUGUUGGUGGGCUUGAGGAUGUGAAGAAAUCAAUUUUGGACACUGUUCAGUUGCCUCUCUUGCAUAAGGACUUGUUUUCGUCUGGGUUGCGUAAGCGCUCUGGUGUUCUUCUUUAUGGUCCUCCUGGAACUGGAAAAACUUUAUUAGCAAAAGCUGUUGCAACCGAGUGUUCCCUAAACUUUCUCAGUGUAAAAGGACCUGAGCUGAUCAACAUGUACAUUGGAGAGUCAGAGAAGAAUGUUCGAGACAUUUUCCAGAAGGCCAGAUCAGCACGCCCAUGUGUUAUCUUCUUUGAUGAACUUGAUUCUCUUGCUCCAGCUCGGGGGGCCUCUGGGGAUUCUGGAGGAGUUAUGGACAGAGUGGUUUCUCAGAUGCUUGCAGAGAUUGAUGGCCUAAAUGAUUCAACACAGGACCUGUUUAUAAUAGGGGCAAGCAACAGACCUGAUCUAAUUGACCCAGCACUUUUACGGCCUGGUAGAUUUGAUAAGCUGCUAUACAUAGGAGUUAAUUCUGAUGCAUCUUAUAGGGAGCGGGUACUCAAAGCACUAACACGAAAGUUCAAAUUGCAUAAAGACGUUUCACUUUACUCAAUAGCAAAGAAAUGUCCCCCAAACUUCACAGGAGCAGACAUGUAUGCUUUAUGUGCAGAUGCUUGGUUCCAUGCUGCAAAACGCAAGGUUUUGAGUUCAGAUUCAGAUUCUUCUAGCACUGAUGAUCGUGCAGAGUCUGUUGUUGUUGAAUACGAUGAUUUUGUGAAGGUCCUAGAUGAGCUGUCUCCUUCCCUCUCCAUGUCUGAGCUUAAGAAGUACGACUUGCUGAGGGAUCAAUUUGAAGGAGCCUCAAAAUGAAACUUUUGGUAAAGCCAUGUAAGAGGUCUGUAUCACAUCUGUGAUCAUGGUCUGCAAGGGUUCUGUCAAUCUGCAAUAUAAGAGUUUCAUUAGAAUUUAAUGAAACACAUGCAAUAUAAAAGCAUUCAAUUUACAUCUUUUUAUCUGUAUCUCAUGUGUGGCCAUGGUCUGCAAGGGUUCUGUCAAUCUGCAAUAAUUGUAAUUUA